CGACGCUAGAUACCUAGGUAGGUAUUCUGGGCAGACCACAAUAUCAUCAAUGUUUGAUGAGUUAACUCUUUUCAUGCAUACCGGGAUCACAAGAAAUCAACAUCAAGGCCUAACAGUACUUAAUACCGUACCAAUAGACUUCGACUCUCCACUACUCCAUAAAAAUCGCCAUGCUCAGGCAGGACUUUAGUCGACCAGACGCCAAACGGCGCAAUGUCACCGAUCAUCGAAAGAAGCAGUUCGCCGACCCGGCCUACAAGGCGACCGAUUACCCUCACCGUAUGAACUUUUACGCCAUCCCCCCGACGGCCGACAUUACGCUGGAGCAGUUUGAACAAUGGGCCAUCGACCGACUUCGCAUCCUCGCCGAGCUCGAGGCCUGCAGCUUCCGCAACAAGACGUCGCAGGAGACGGCACUGCACAUGAAGCCCCUGCUCGACAAGUACCUCCCGCUUGAGGCCAACAGCUCCGCCUCCACGCAGCUGCACGCACAGAGGCAGAAGGACCACUAUGGACACUUUAUCCUGCGGCUGGCUUUCUGCUCCACUGAGGACUUGAGGAGGAGGUUUGUCAGGGUCGAGACUAUGCUCUUUCGGAUGCGGCUGGCGGCAGACGACAGCCGAGAGCGCGCUGCUUUCAUCGCUUCUCUAGACGGCCUGGAAUGGGAGCCCGUUCCGGAGGAUGAGAGGAGAAGUCUAUCGGCAGAACUCGCCGCAGUUGCAGGAUGGAAGAAGGAAUCUGCCGGAGACGAUGAGAUGUGGUGCAAAGUUGACUGGGAAAGGGUACCGGACCUUGUGGAAGGCAGAAGGGUGCUGCUGAAGGCGGGCAAGGCUUACGUGCCUGCCAAGGAGCAGACAAGCAUGGUAGUCACCGAGUUUACUUCGCGAUUGGAAAAGGCACUCGAGCUUACUGCUCGCGCCCUUCCCCGACUCGACGAAGACGACCGCCUGACUCCGAUCCUCAACCACCUCUCCAAGAACUUCAUCACUCCAGACGCAUCAUACGGCAGCGGCGGCGACGACCAGGCCGCACCGGGGUCUGAACUGACAGCAGCAAACGUGGACAAACUCUCCUCGGAGCAUUUUCCGCUUUGCAUGCAACACCUGCAUCGCUCGCUGCGUCGUGACUCUCACCUCAAGCACUUUGGCCGUCUACAAUACUCUCUUUUCCUGAAGGGUAUCGGCCUUUCGCUCGAGGAGUGUUUGGUGUUCUGGCGCUCUUCCUUCAACAAGAUUACCGAUGAUACCUUCAACAAGGAGUACAGGUACAACGUCAGGCACGUCUAUGGCGAUGUGGGCGGCGACGCCAACAGGAGAGGCCGCGGUUACAGUCCGUUCAGCUGUCAGAAGAUCUUGACAGAACACCCGCCUGGUCCCGGUGAGGCGCAUGGGUGCCCGUACCGCCACUUCAACUUGGAGAACCUGACGGCGCUGCUGCAGCAGGUCGGCAUCAACGACCGUUCGGUUCUGAACGGGGUAAGAGAAGACAAAGAGAAGCAAAAGUUCCAUCUGGCUUGCAACAGGGUCUUUGAAUAUGUUCACAAGAACGAGAUCAGACGCGCCAAGGACGAGGGCAUCAUGACCGUGGCACAGCUCGAAACCAUCGUACAUCCCAACGAGUACUUCAAACGCAGCUAUCUUCUCAAGCAUCUUGAUAGUAGCAAGGAUGGGGAUGUGAAGAUGGAUGGCUGAAAACGUUAGAUAUCGGCAGAACUGUAUUUGCGGCAAACACGAAUUGGGUAGGUGACGACUUGGCUUGGUAUCAGGCGUUUGGUGUUGGAGGCGUUCGUGCCGGGUAAUCUUAUGUUUAGAGGGAAAUAUGCGUCGCCAUUUAGCGGGGUAGACAAGGAGUUCUGCUGUACUACUGUAAACCGAGGAGGCAUACAUGAACAUGAUACUAUCCUAAUGAAUAUAUAGCGUUUGAAACCCUGCUGAUCCAG